AUGGAUACAUUAAAGUUUCUAAUUCUGCUCUUAUGGAUGUGUGGCUGCAGAGCAGGAGGACAGGCACAAGAAAGCCUUCAGAAAACACAGAGAGAUGCAGUAUUGCUGACUUCCUGUGACUUUAACCAGGACAGUGAACCAUUCUGCAGGUUCAGUCAGGACAGCACGGACAAUGGUGAUUGGACACGACAAAAAGGUCCAACCCCAACAGUUGACACUGGCCCUAGUGGAGACUUCCCUGAUGGAAAGGGCUUCUAUAUCUACCACGAGUGUGACAAUGUGGCUAAUGAACAGAAAGUUCGUCUGCUGAGCCCUGCCCUGUCAUCAUCAGCCUCUCAGAUCUGUGUCCAGUUUCGAUACUACAUGUAUGGCGUAGACAGUCAGAAUUAUUUGAGAGUUCUGGCCAAGAGGCCUGACAGUGAGGAGGAGGUAUGGAAGAAGACAGGUAUACAGAGUCCAUCCUGGCUGAAGGGCUCCGUCACUGUGUCGAAACCCAGCACUCAGACCGUCAAUAUUGUGUUUGAGGCUCAGAGAGGCUUCUCUGCUUUCUGUGACACAGCUCUGGACAACAUUGUCAUCACUGAAGGAGCAUGUCCCUCUUGUGUUUCUGGCUGUGAUUUUGACACUUCUGGUGACCUGUGUGGGUGGACGAGUCACAUUGAGGAUCCUGACAUGUUUGGCUUUGAACAGUGGCCUGGGCAAUCUGAAACUGUCGGCAGCGGCCCUGAUGAUGACUUCUCCAAACCUGGAUUGGGUUCUUACAUGUUGAUGAGUUCUUCUGAGGCUGUCCCUGGAGUCAAGUCUCAGAUCAGAAGUCCUGCAAUAAUCUCCUCUGGAUGUCUGGACCUCACCUUCCACUAUUACCUGUACGGCACCAGCACCACCAUGGAGCUCAGUGUCCACACCAUGCUCGCAGGUGGAGGCCUUGGACCUGCUCUCUUCACUGUGAAGGGGAACCAGGGUCAAGGCUGGAAGCCUGCAGAGGUCCGGUACUUGGGAUCUGCUGCCAUUGCGUUUGUGAUUGUUGGAACCUUUGGAGAAACUUCCCUGACAGAUAUUGCUGUUGAUGCUGUGUGUGUCAUGGCCUGCAAAGCUCAGCCGACAACUCCUCUACCACCUGUAACAACUCCAGGACAAACUACACCUAAACCAUCAACUCCCGGUCCAUCCACACCUAAACCAUCAACUCCCGGUCCAUCAACUCCCGGUCCAUCCACACCUAAACCAUCAACUCCCGGUCCAUCAACUCCCGGUCCAUCCACACCUAAACCAUCAACUCCCGGUCCAUCAACGCCUAAACCAUCAACUCCCGGUCCAUCCACGCCUAAACCAUCAACGCCCGGUCCAUCCACGCCUAAACCAUCAACUCCCGGUCCAUCCACGCCUAAACCAUCAACGCCCGGUCCAUCCACGCCUAAACCAUCAACUCCCGGUCCAUCCACGCCUAAACCAUCAACACCCGGUCCAUCCACGCCUAAACCAUCAACUCCCGGUCCAUCCACGCCUAAACCAUCAACUCCCGGUCCAUCCACGCCUAAACCAUCAACUCCCGGUCCAUCCACGCCUAAACCAUCAACGCCCGGUCCAUCCACGCCUAAACCAUCAACGCCCGGUCCAUCCACGCCUAAACCAUCAACUCCCGGUCCAUCCACGCCUAAACCAUCAACUCCCGGUCCAUCCACGCCUAAACCAUCAACUCCCGGUCCAUCCACGCCUAAACCAUCAACUCCCGGUCCAUCCACGCCUAAACCAUCAACGCCCGGUCCAUCCACGCCUAAACCAUCAACGCCCGGUCCAUCCACGCCUAAACCAUCAACGCCCGGUCCAUCCACGCCUAAACCAUCAACGCCCGGUCCAUCCACGCCUAAACCAUCAACUCCCGGUCCAUCCACGCCUAAACCAUCAACUCCCGGUCCAACCACACCUAAACCAACAACAAAUCCAUGCCCUCCAGAUGCAGAGUACAUAGAAUGUGGUCCAGCUUGUAUCCCCACCUGUAUGGAACCCUCCACCAACUGUUCUGGUUCUUGUAUCAGUGGCUGCUUCUGUAAACCAGGGUUUGUCUUCAAGGGAUGGCGCUGUGUACCACUAGACAAAUGUGGCUGUCUGGAUGACAAGAAUAACUAUUAUGAGCCUGGAGAGAUUAUAUUUGGAGAUGGCUGCUCAAAGCUGUGUCGCUGUGCAGGGAACUACACUUUGGAAUGUGUUGAUAACGCCUGUGACCCAACUGAAGAGUGUCGUGAUGUUAAUGGUGUUCCAGGCUGCUAUCCUAAAGGUACAUCCACAUGCAUAGCAUCUGGUGAUCCCCACUACACCACCUUUGACAAACGCAAGUACAACUUCAUGGGCAACUGCAGCUAUUUGAUGUCUGGACCCUGCAAUGAAACGACUCUGCCAUACUUUGAGGUCCAUGCAGACAAUGAAUAUCGCUUUAACAGGCACACCAUCUCCUAUUUGAAGGCCGUGCAUGUACAUGUAAACAUGGUGAAGAUCUCCAUCCUCAAAGGUGGCACUGUGCAGGUGAAUGGGACCAAUGUAAACCUGCCAGUCACUCCGACGCCUGGUGUCUCUGUGUUCAAGUCAGGAAAGCACUACACUGUGUCUAUGGACUUUGAUGUGACUGUGCGUUAUGAUGGAAACCACUUCAUGGACAUCAAAGUCACCAAAGACUAUGAGAACAAGCUGUGUGGACUGUGUGGAGAUUACGAUGGAAAUACUAAAGAUGACUUCCGUAAACCAGAUGGAUCAUUGACCAACAAUCCCAAUGAAUUUGGACACAGCUGGAACACUGAUCCAGAGUGUAAUAAGAAACCCAACACCACCAUCCCUGAGUGUGAUGAAGGAGAGCAGCAACUGUAUGAGAGCUCAGGAUACUGCGGCAUCAUGCUGGACAAAAAGGGUCCCUUCGCUGUGUGCUACCCCAAAGUCAACCCAAAUAAUUACUUCAGGGACUGUGUCUUUGACCUGUGUGAGCUGGAUGGAGCCAAGCCCAUUCUUUGUGAAGCCAUAGAAGCCUACGUCAAUGAAUGCCAGGACCGUGGGGUAAACAUCGGAGCCUGGAGGAAUGAAACCUUCUGCCCUCUGAGCUGCAGCCCCAACAGCCACUAUGAGCCGUGUGCAGACCCCUGCCAGCUGACGUGUACCGGGAAACCUCCCUCCUGCGGUGGGCCCUGCUCUGAGGCCUGUGUGUGUGAUCCUGGCUACGUCCUGAGUGCCGGCAAAUGCGUCAAGAAGAAUUCUUGUGGGUGCACACACACCGGCGGCCAGUAUUAUGAGCCUGGAGAAGAGUUUUAUACAGAGGACUGUAAGAUGAAGUGUACGUGUAACGCUCCCUCCAUUACCUGUAAGGCCUUUGAUUGCCCCCCAAUGCACGAGUGUAAACUCCAGGAGGGAGAGCAGGGCUGCUACCCCACCGGCUCUCAGGACUGUGUGGUGUCUGGAGAUCCUCACUACAACACGUUUGACAAGAAGUUCUACAGUUUCAUGGGAACAUGUACCUACACUCUGGCCAGAACAUGCAAGAACAACACAGGUCCUUGGUUCUCAGUGGAGGCGAAGAAUGAGGAGAGAGGUGUGUCAGGUGUGUCCUACCUGAGAAAACUCUACGUCACUGUGAAUGGAGUCACUGUGACCCUGAUGAAGUCCAGGAGGACGCUGGUGAACGGACUGAGAGUGGCCCUCCCUAACUCCCCCUCACCUCUCAUGUCUCUCAGUCUCGCCGGUCAGUACAUCACCCUGAAGACGUCCUUCGGCCUCCAGGUGCGCUGGGAUGGAAACCAUUACGCCCAGAUCUCAGUUCCCAGCUCCUACUACGACCAGAUGUGUGGUCUUUGCGGUGACUACGAUGGGAACCCAGACAAUGACUACACCAAACCAGAUGGCAUUCUGGUGGAAAAUGUCAAUGACUUUGGGAACAGCUGGCAGACAGAAGAGGAUGAGGAUGACUCCUGCAGCCCAGGUACCAAGCCGGAUCCAGACUGUGAUCCAAAACUUCAGGCUGAGGUGGUGAAACCAGAAAAAUGUGGAAAACUCAAAGACCCUGCCGGACCCUUCAGGGAGUGUAUCAGUGUGGUGAAUCCCACUCCAUUCUUCCAGAGCUGUGUGUAUGAUAUGUGUCAGUUCAAUGGCCAGCAGCAUUUACUGUGUGACCAGCUACAAGCCUACACCGAUGUCUGCCAGAGCGCCGGUGCCAAAGUCUACCCAUGGAGGACUCCAAGCUUCUGUCCCCUGGCCUGUCCUCCCAACAGCUCCUACUCUCUGUGUGUGAGUUCGUGUCCGGAGACGUGUCUGGGUGUGGCGGGGUCACCCGGCUGUGAGGACGUGUGCGUGGAGGGGUGCGAGUGUAACCCGGGCUUCAUCCUCAGCAACGACAAGUGUGUGUCACUGAAGGACUGUGGCUGCGUGGACCCGAGUGGAAGCUAUCACCCCGUGGAUGAUAACUGGUACUUGGAGGGUUGUGAGCAGAAGUGUGUGUGUCACAGUGGAGGUGUGAUCCAGUGUCACAACAGCAGCUGUUUACCAACAACUGAGAGCUGCCAGCUGCAAGAUGGAGAAUAUGAAUGUCGUGUUUUGGGAAAUGGUAUCUGCUCAGUAUCUGGCGAUCCCCACUACACCACCUUUGACAAACGCACCCACCAUUAUAUGGGAGCCUGCUCCUACACCCUGACCAAACCCUGCAACGUCUCCUCCGGCAUGCCGUACUUCACUGUGGACACCCAGAACGAGCACAGAGGAAGUAAUAAGAAGAUUUCCUACGUCAGGGCUGUGAUGAUCAAUGUGGAUGGUGUGAUUUUCAUCCUCGGCAAGGGCCGCACAGUCCAGGUCAAUGGGACAGUGGUUGUCCCACCCGUCACCUCCAUCAGCGGAGUAAAGAUCUACUUGAGCGGCAAGUUUGUUGUCCUGGAGACGUCCUUCGGCCUGAGGGUGCGCUUCGAUGGAAACCACCACGCUGACGUCACCGUGCCAACCUCCUACAAUGGCCUGCUCUGUGGCAUGUGUGGAAAUUUCAAUGGAAACUCCAAAGAUGACAACUUGAAACCAAACAAUACGGCAGCUGCUAACACCAAUGAGCUGGGAGACAGCUGGCAGGUUCCUGACCCACGGCCUGACUGCACCAACGGUGGAGGACAGGAAGACUGUGAUGAAAAGGUGGAGGAGGAGGCCAAGAAGCCCACCAGCUGCGGCAUGAUCACGGAUCCCAAUGGUAUCUUUAAGUCCUGCCACUCUGUCGUGUCCCCGGAGCCAUACUUUGGAAACUGUGUGUACGACAUGUGUGCCACUGGAGGUCAGACUGUGGCUCUGUGCCAGGCCAUCGAGAGCUACGCUGACAUGUGUGCUGCUGCAGGAGUCCCCAUCGCAUGGAGGAACAACACCUUCUGUCCUCUGAAGUGCCCCCCAGGCAGUCAAUACAACCCGUGCGGCCCUGCCUGUGCCCAGCCCAGCUGUCAAGACCUCACGGGCUACGCUGGCUCCUGCAAGCUGCCCUGUGUGGAGGGAUGCAUCUGUAACCCUGGCCUUAUCCUCAGUGGAGAUAAAUGUGUCCCGCUCAGCGAGUGUGGAUGUACUGAUGAAGACGGACAAUACAGGCCGGUGGGAGACACUUGGUUUUCAGAGACAGACUGCUCAGAGCGCUGUAAGUGCAACGGCAACCAAAACAUCACCUGCGAGCCCUGGCAGUGUAGCCCUGCACAGGAGUGUAAAGUUGUCGAAGGAGUACUGGACUGCCACUCUACAGGUAAAGGAGUGUGUCAGGUGGCUGGAGAUCCUCACUACUACACCUUUGAUGGUGUGAUGCACACGUUCAUGGGCACCUGCACUUACACUCUGGUGGAGGUGUGUAACACCACCAGGGUAACUCCUUUUAAGAUAGUGGCUAAAAACGAGGAGCGUGGUCAACCAGAGGCCUCCUAUGUCCGCUCUGUCAAAAUCUACCUGCCUCAUGACACUGUGGUUGAACUGCAGAAGAGCCGCAGAGUUACGCUGAAUGGACGGCGGGUACGAACCCCAGUUUCCAUUGACUUGGUCGGAGCCAAGGUGAUAACCAGUGGAUCCUACAGUCUGCUGGACACAAACUUUGGUCUUCAGGUGAAAUUUGAUGGAGUACAUCACCUAGAGGUCACCGUUCCUGGAGAAUACUUCAACAAGCUGUGCGGCAUGUGUGGGAACUACAACCACAACUCCUCUGAUGACAACCUGAUGCCCAACAAGAAACCAGCCAAGGAUGUGAUUCAACUGGGCAACAGCUGGAAAUCGGAUGGAGACAGUGAUCCUGGCUGUCAGCCGGACACUCGCCCAGACAUUCACCCUAACUGCACGUCAGAAGAAGAGAAGCUGUACGAGGCUCAAUGUGCCGAGAUCGUCCUCUCCAACCGUUUCUUGCCCUGCCACUCUCUGGUGCCCCCCGAGGCCUUCCUGGGUAACUGCAUCUACGACAUGUGUGAGUAUAACGGCAUGCAGGCGACGCUCUGUGACAACGUGGAGUCAUACGCUCAGGCCUGUCAGAGCGUCGGAGUCACCAUCAGCUGGAGGAACAACACCUUCUGUCCCAUGCCCUGCCCGCUUAACAGCCACUACUCAGACUGCACCGCCCCCUGCCCCCCCAGCUGCUCUGACCUCUUCCCCAUCUUCUGUCACCUCCCUUCAACCACGUGUGUGGAGGGCUGUCAGUGUGACGCCGGCUACGUCUUGAGUGACACCAAGUGUGUUCCUUUGAACAAAUGUGGCUGUCUGGACUCAGAUGGAGAAUACCAUGAUGUGGGAGACUCGUGGCUGACAGAAAGAUGUACUGACUUAUGUACAUGUGACCUUGGUGGAAAAAUCACGUGUAAGGAACAAAGCUGUAAUUCCAACUCAGUUUGUUCCCUGGACAAAUAUGGAGACGUCUACUGCAAACCCAGCAAGUUCGAUAAAUGCAGCAUCUCUGGGGAUCCUCACUACCGAACAUUUGAUGGCUUCACCCAUCACUACCAGGGUCCUUACACUUAUGUCCUGGUUCAGGGCCACAACCUGCAGAACUCCCUGUCGCCCCUGGUGGUGAGGGGGAAGAACAUCAGACGUGGGGGCAACAGGAGGGUGUCGUUCCUGGAUCAGAUGUACAUUGACGUAUACGGCUUUAAUAUUCGCUUCCUGCAGAAGAAGAGCGUCCUGCUGAACGGGGAGCGUGUUGCACCUCCUCUCAGUCCAGUUGAUGGUUUGACCAUCACAAUGAACUCCAGGGAGGUCCAGCUCACUACUGACUUUGGACUCACCGUACGCUUUGAUGGCAAAAGCCGCGGAGAGAUCAUAAUGCCCAACACCUAUAUGAACUCUGUCAGAGGGCUGUGUGGGAACUACGACGGCAUCACCAGAAAUGAGUACAUGAAGCCGGACGGGACAGUGAUCAGGGACUUGAACAGUUUCGGAGAAAGCUGGAGGGUCAGUGACCGCCAGGCUGAUGGACUGAAGAUCUUCAACCUUCCUCACGUAGUCCACGCCCACAGGCGAGAGGUGGAGACUGAUCCAGAUUCAGGAUUUGAGACAUCGGACUGCUCUCAGUCUCAGCUCAAUAACUACAACAGUAUGGCUCAGUGUGGAGCUCUGUCUGACUCCAAGGGGCCAUUUGCUGCCUGCCAUGCGACCCUGCCACCUAAAACAUACCAGGAUGACUGUGUGUUCGACUUGUGUGCUGAGGAUGGAAGUGCAGCGCUGCGAUGUGCCAGUUAUGAAGCGUAUGCCGUAGUCUGUCAGGCAGCUGGAGUCAAACUGGGGUCAUGGAGGCAGCAGCUGGACUGUGUCCUCUCCUGUGAUGCCAACAGCACCUAUUCCUCCUGUAUGUCACCUUGCCCCUCCUCCUGCGGCGACCUGGCAGCGCCCUCCGAGUGUGACACCACUUCCUGCAUGGAGGGGUGCCAGUGUGCCAAAGGCUUCGUCAUGAGCGAGGGAAUCUGUGUGCCGUACACGCAGUGCGGCUGCACCUUCCUCAACAGAUACUACACUCUGCAGGAGAAGUUUGUGACUGAGGACUGUUCUGAGGCUUGUCAAUGCACCAGCACGGGCGCUGUGUGCCAGCCCAAGUCCUGCCAGGAGGGUCACGUAUGCACCAUCUUCGACUUCAAACGGGACUGCUUCAAAGCGAGUCCCUGCCUCAGUCACCCCUGUCUGAAUGGCGGAGCAUGUAAGGAGACCAGCAACAACAUGUACACCUGUGAGUGUGCAGAGGGCUUUGAGGGAACAAACUGCGAGGUGGAGAUAACAAAAAGCGAAGGACUGGAAACCAAGUGGAUUAUCCUGAUCGCAGUCCUGGUCGCAGUCGCAGUCGCCGCCAUUGUGACCGCCAUUGUGUGCGUCUGCAAACGAAAAGCCAAGUCACAAGUUUAUGUAAUUCAGAGGCAGCAGCCGUCUCGUAGUGGGAAAGACAAGAGCAAGGAGAAGAAACUCAGCCUGAAAUCCGCAAGUGUUCCAUAUACAAACAUAGAUGACUGUGGAAAGGAGAAAGUGACCAGUAUGUGA